GUCUGGGGCACUGCUUUCAAAGUCGCAGGGCGGGCCGAGUGGACUCCGCGGCCACUCGUGCUUCCCGGUGGUCCUGGCGUCGUCCCUCAGCCCCCCGGGGACGCCGCUGCCGGGCCAGGCGCGUCCCAGGGUCGUCCUCCCGCGCGGUCUGACGGGAACUCGGCGCCCUCCGGCCGCGCGCCGCCCCGCGGCCCUUUCUGUCCGUCUGGGUCCGGUCGAGCGCGGAGCGAAGUCUGACGCGCGUCGCCUGGGUUCGGCCGAGCGGCGGGCCGGGCUGCGCCGCCGCGUGAGUGGGAUGCCGAUGCCUCCGCGCCAGGGCUCGGCUGCCCCUGCGACCCCUUAGCUUUUUGUUUGCCCUCACAGCGGGAGGCUGCCUUUUUGUUUGCUUGUUUAAAAAAUUACCUUCUUUCCCCCUGCGAGGAAUCGAUAAACGUGAUGAAAACUCCAAACUAAAUUAUCGAAAUGGCCACAGAAAUCGACUUACUGAGAGACCAAAAUGUUAAACUAAAUGAUAUUCUUAGGCAGCAUCAAAUCGAACAUAUUUUCAGAGACCCAGCUAUGCAGAACAGCAUGUCCAAAGGAGGCAGAGGUGACACACUAGUAAACUCUGUAAAUGACCAAAGUGCUUUACCUCCUCUCAUUGCUGAGUAUGAGAAACAUCUCGAAGAGCUAAACAGGCAGCUGACCUAUUACCAGAAACACAUGGGUGAGAUGAAACUACAACUUGAAACCGUCAUCACAGAAAAUGAAAGGUUACACAGUAAAUUAAAAGAUGCUGUUGAAAAGCAAUUGGAAGCCCUUCCCUUUGGCACAGGGAUAGGAAAUGACAUCUGUGCAGAUGAUGAGACCGUGAGGAAUCUUCAAGAACAAUUGCAAAUAGCCAAUCAAGAGAAAAAUUGGGCUGUGCAACUCUGGCAGACUGCAUCUCAGGAGUUAGAAAGUGUUCAGAAACUCUACCAGGAACAUAUGACUGAAGCCCAGAUUCAUGUAUUUGAAAACCGGAAACAAAAAGACCAGCUGAACAAUUUUCAACAACUAACCAAGAAACUCCAUGUUGCUAAUGAGAACAUUGAAAUGACUAACCACCACUUCCUGAAAACAGUAACUGAACAAAACAUGGAGAUUGAGAAACUUCGAAAACAACUUAGGCAAGCCAAGUUAGAUCUGAGAGUUGCAGUAACGAAAGUGGAAGAGUUAACUAAAGUGACUGAAGGUCUUCAAGAGCAGAUGCUGAAGAAGGAGGAAGAUAUUAUGUCUGCACAAGGAAAAGAGGAAGCAUCAGAUAGACGUGUGCAGCAGUUACAGUCUAGUAUAAAACAGUUAGAGUCAAGAUUGUGUAUAGCAAUUCAAGAAGCCAAUGUACUAAAAACAGGGAAAACACAAUUGGAAAAGCAGAUCAAAGAGCUACAAGCAAAGUGCAGUGAAUCAGAAAAUGAGAAAUAUGAGGCUAUUUCAAGAGCCAGAGAUAGCAUGCAGCUGUUAGAAGAAGCUAACAUUAAACAGAAUCAGAUUCUACUUGAAGAGAAGCAAAAAGAGGUUGAGAGAGAAAAAAUGAAGAAAACAAUUUCUCAGCUUAUACAAGAUGCUGCCAUCAAAGCAAGGAAAGAAGUUGAAAGCACAAAAAAACAGUAUGAAGUACUAAUUUUGCAGUUAAAGGAAGAACUCUCAGCCCUUCAGAUGGACUGUGAUGAAAAGCAAGGUCAAAUUGAUCGAGCCAUUAGAGGGAAAAGAGCUGUGGAAGAAGAACUCGAGAAGAUUUAUCGUGAAGGCAAACAGGAUGAAGGUGAUUACAGAAAAUUGGAAGAAAUGCACCAAAGAUGUCUUGCUGCAGAGCGUUCAAAAGAUGAUCUUCAGCUAAGACUCAAGAGUGCAGAAAAUAGAAUAAAACAACUUGAAAUUAAUUCCUCAGAAGAGAUAUCACGUUCCCAUGAAAUGAUCCAGAAACUUCAAACUGUAUUGGAGUCUGAGAGGGAGAACUGUGGCUUUGUCAGCGAGCAAAGGCUGAAGCUUCAGCAAGAAAAUGAGCAACUACAGAAGGAGACUGAGGAUUUGAGAAAAGUUGCUCUGGAGGCCCAAAAAAAAGCAAAAUUAAAGGUCAGUACAAUGGAGCAUCAGUUCUCAAUAAAGGAGCAUGGGUUUGAAGUUCAGCUGAGAGAGAUGGAGGACAGUAAUCGGAACUCCAUUGUUGAACUGAGGCAUCUUUUGGCAGCUCAACAAAAGACGGCCAAUAGGUGGAAAGAAGAAACCAAGAAACUGACGGAAAGUGCAGAAAUGAGGAUCAGCAGUCUAAAGAGUGAGCUGAACCGACAGAAGCUUCAUACCCAGGAGCUACUUUCUCAGCUGGAAAUGGCAAAUGAGAAGGUAGCUGAGAAUGAAAAGUUAAUUCUGGAACAUCAAGAAAAAGCCAACAGACUUCAAAGGCGUCUAAGUCAGGCAGAAGAGAGAGCUGCUUCAGCGUCCCAGCAGCUCAGUGUGAUUACAGUGCAGAGAAGAAAAGCAGCUUCCAUGAUGAAUCUGGAAAAUAUUUAAACAUAUUCAUAGUUCACUGACAGAGCUGUAGAGUUGGGAAAGCUGUUGUACCAACCAAAGCAUCUUGAUAUGGAGAAACUGCCGAGAGAGAAUGGUGAAAGCUUGUGUCGUUUGCAUAAGCAUUUUCCAUUCUGUUUGCAGGGUUAUUGGAAAACAGAACAGUGACAGCUUCCUGUAAGUAAAAACUAUAAUCCUAUAUUUGAGAUUCAGUGGAGAAUAAAGCCAGCUGAGAAGAACUCACUGCCUUCAUCAAUGUGUCUAUUUUUAAUUCCCUUUUUUCCCUCCUUGGAAGAACAUAAUAUUUUCAAGAGCUUUAAUAAAAUCUGUAGAAUUUGAUAUUUCAGGUUCUAAGAUUUGGAGAUUUCAUGUCUCAUUUUUACUCCUAAUUCACUUUUCUAGUUCCUAAGAUUCUAUUUUACUAUGAACUCAUAAAUGUAAUAAAUUAUGUAUUUUAUAAAA